UGUCAAUCUAAGCAAGGAUCCCAUGUAUCCCAUGGGCAGUAAAUUAAAGAUCAUUAAUGUUCGACAUCCUUGACUUUGUCAAUUACAUAAUUAUAUGUCCUUGUAGGUGUAGUUAGUGUACAUGUACUUGAAAAUCCUUGAAAAUGUUUGUCAAAAGUGUUAAAGAUUUAAUAUCAACUUUCUGGAAGAUCUUUUAUGUCCAGUUUUUUUAAUAACCCCCUUUGUUAGAUCUCUGAAAUUGCAUUGUCAAGAUGUAACAGUGGCUCAUUUUGCGCAUUUGCUUGAUGUUUGUGUACUACACCCUCGAGUCAAUGAUUGCAUGAUUUCUGAAGUUCUACAACCUCUUUCUCUGUAGCUUUUCAAUGCUAACACGGACCGUCACUCAGUAGUUUAUCACCAGUUCAUGAGACCGUUCACUGCCAUUUAUGUGCGGAUAUAUCCAAGAUCUUGGUACAGCUGGAUAUCAAUGAGGGCUGAAAUUUUUGGUUGUUCAGUGUCACUGUGUAACCGCGCCCUGGGACUGCAAAAUGGCCGAAUCCGUAACAGCCAGAUCACUGCAUCCUCAGAAGUAAACCGUUACCAUGCUGCUUGGCUUGGUAGACUAAAACGAGUGAAGGCUGGUCGUUACAUAGGAGCCUGGUGUCCCAAGCACAGGAACCACAAUCAGUGGUUCAAAGUGGACUUCCGUCGGCUAAUGAAAAUAACCAAAAUAGCCACACAGGGAAGACAUGAUGCCGGUCAUUGGGUCACAUCAUACUAUUUGUCAUCAAGUGUGGACAAUGUACAUUGGGCAAUAUAUCGCUUCAGAAGUGCAAAUCAGGUAUUCAGUCGUACCUCUACAAUAGUUUGUUCAUCAGCAAUGACAACCCCAAAGUUUUCAUUUUUUCCUCAAGUUUUUUCACACAUAUUUACUUGAAGUGUUGCUUCUUGGCGUCACAUGGCAAGCC